AUUGCUCGACAGUGUGAGCCACGUUAUCGUUAUUUUAUCUGAACCAAAGAGGUGCUCGGCACGCCUAGUUUUCGACCGGUCAGCGGUAAAAGCACCCGAUUUCCGUUCCGCGUCGCGUUAAACUCGUCCACAAAGGUGUAAUUUCACAUUUAUUAAAUUAAAGUAGCCAGGAUGAGGUCUGUGUACCUUGCUUUACUGUUCCUCGGCACGGUUACUGCUCAACAAAAAUACCGAUUAUGCGCGCCGGACACAGUCACCGAAAAUACUUGUAACGCUUUGCAGAGGGGUGAAAGUGAAGUAUCAUGCGCACGUGUAUUGGAUAGCGCAGACUGCGCUAUCAAAAUUAACCGUGGAGAAGCUGAUUUUGGAGUUUUCAACGCUGAGGAAGCUUUGGUGGCUUACAACUUUUACCCCUCAGAUACACAAGUCAUUGCACAAGUAAAGUAUAAGGAGAGGGCUCAAGAGCUCUGGGAAUUCAGAACUGUUGCUGUUAUCCGGAGUAAUUUUACACCAGGGAGUUUUGAUGACUUAAAACAACGUGGACUUUGUCAUCCUGGCUACAGUAACACACAGCUAUGGAACGACCUUAUUCUCAAAAAUUUCGAACAGAGAGUGUACAAAAAUGAGUGCAACUCAAAUAUUACUGCUGCUGAAAAUGAAGCAGAAAACUUGCGAAACUACUUUGGCACUGCGUGCAGACCUGGAAAAUGGGUAUCUAACUCCAAAUAUGAUGCAGCACUGAAACAAAAAUAUCCCGAGCUUUGCGCAGCUUGCGACAAUACCACUGCAUGUCAAUACGCCAGAACCGAGCACCAUGGACAUGUUGGGGCUUUGGAUUGCCUAGUCAAUGGCAAGGGAGGUGUGGCUUAUGUUGCAUUGGAUUUUGUAUAUCAAUAUUUCAAAAUCAAUGAUACAAUUUUGUCUAAUACCGAUCUGAACCCUGAAACCUUGGAGCCAUCCCUAAGAGAAUAUAGAUUUUUGUGCCCUGAUGGACUUCAAGAACCCAUAUACAAAGCAAACCCUUGUUCCUGGAUCAGUCAGCCUUGGCCUACUAUUACAGUUAAAAACGAACAUGUAACUGUUCUUCAAGAAAAACUGAAGACUUGGCUGACGCCAGAUCUGAGCAGGGGCCAAUCUUGGACAGUUGCCCUGAAUACAAUAUUACAACGUGAUACUGUUGUUGAAUUCGUAGCCACACCCCAAACCUUAGGAAAUUAUCUCUCCAGUGGAAGAGAACUCGUACCUACAACUAAAGCUUGUGGUAAUCCAAUCCGCUGGUGUACUAUUGGAAGUAUAGAAACGAACAAGUGUAAUUGGGUAGCGAGAGCUGCGGUCACCCAUGGGAUCCAACCAAAUAUAUCCUGCAAUGAGGCUAAUAACACAUUCGAUUGCUUCCAUAACAUAGCGAACAACACUGCAGAUAUCAUAACUAUAGAUUCAAAUUAUGGUUUAGUAGCUAGAAACGUCUUCAAUUUAACAACUAUCGUCUAUUCCGAGACAGAAUCGAUCAGUAACAGUGUUGUUCUAGCGGUUGUGCGCAAUGGUUCAUCUUACAACGUCUCUAGUUUUGCCUCAUUAAAGUCGCGUACAGCCUGCUUUCCGGAGUAUGGUGGAAUAGCUUGGCUGAGUUUCAUAAAUGCUGCUCGUCAAAAUAAAGUACUUUCUGAAUCCUGUGACUACGGAGGCCAACUUGAAGGACUUUUAUCCGGCGCUUGUACACCUGGCUUUGGAGAUAGAAAUCGUCAGAAUGGUACCUUAGGAUCAACUACAUCUCCACUCUGCUCUAUAUGCCCUGUUGAGGCCAACAAAGCAACUUGUUCUGCCAAUUCCAGUAACAUUUAUUAUGGCGAUAAAGGAGCUCUUGAAUGCCUUAACAGUGGAGCUGGUGAUGUGGCUUUCAUCGAACCUCUGAAUUUGGCUGAUUAUAUCACGUAUGGAAUUAUCGACCCAUCUAAAUAUCGUGUCCUGUGCAAAAACGGUAGCCUAGCCAGUUAUACAGGAUUCGAAGUUGACAACCUGUGUGCUCUUUCCGUUACGAUUGAUAGUGAGGUUGUGGGAGGACAAAGCAUGUCUACUGUCGAUUCAACAAAUGCAGUUAUGGCUUUGUUGAAAGUUGAAAACUGGUUGGGAUAUCGUGCAAAUUCGCUGAGACCUAUUCAUGUCUUUGGUACAUUCAAUGACACAAAAGAUGCUCUCUUCAAAGAUACAUCUAGCGGACUUGAAACCACUGAAUCUACACUCAGGGCAGUCAUAGCUUACAAGGAACUUUUUGCUCAUCUAGAAAGUUGCAGUGGCUCAGGAAGUGUAGCUGUGCUUGCAAGUUUGAGCACAGUUCUGCUUCUACUGUUGGUUCAUUAUUGUUAAAAAAAAAAUCUUGAACUCUCAACUAUUUAUAAACGAGAAAAACUUUCAGGAUAGUUAGUUAACUUGAAAAUACCUAAUAUCUCAGAGUUAUGUGUUCCGUUUCCUUUUAAAAAUGUAAAAUUUUCAUUGUACGUUAGUUUAGAAUUACAUUUUCUAAGAACAGAAUAAUAAAAGGCUCCCACCUAUAAUCCA